UUGGGACCAUCCAGUUUUUGCAGGUACUUAUGCUCUCCAUUGUGUCCCUGAACUUGCUAGCUUUGAGGGUCCAAUUUACAGCUUGCCACAAACACAAGAAUCUGAUACGUUUCAGAGAAAUCAUAUCAUAGUUUCCCACUACUUUGUUACUCUAUAUAUAAGCCUCUCCCUCCACUUUAAUUUUCCAUCAUCAAUAACAAAGAAGCAUUAACCUAGGUGGGAUCAGACUUAUCUGACAUGGCCAUGGUGUAUGGUGGUAGAACAACUUCACUCCCAUCUCAAGUCCUCACCUUUCACUCCUCUGCUAAAUGGAAUGACCACUUUGAUGCCUUGAAACAAACUAACAAACUGAUGGUGGUUGAUUUCACUGCUUCGUGGUGUAGACCUUGCAAACUCAUGGACCCAGUUAUCCAAGAGUUUGCUGCCACAUUUAGAGAUGUUGAGUUUGUCAAGAUUGAUGUGGAUGAGUUAAUGGGGGUAGCAGAACUUUUCCAAGUACAGGGAAUGCCAACUUUCAUGCUAAUUAAGAAAGGAAAAGUGGCUGAUAAAGUGGUGGGAGUAAAAAAGGAGGAGCUACAAAGGUUGAUUGAGCAACACAGAAAAUGAAUGUGUGAUCAAGCACUAAACUAAAAUCAGCAAGUUCACUUCAACAUAUAUUUUUACCAGAUCUUCUUGCUAGGCUCAAUCUUUCAUACUCACGACCAGAGAAUAUUGAGUGUUUUGAAUGCUUUCUUUGGGGAUGUUUCUCAUCAUGUUUCGUUCCCUCGUGUAUUCUAGUUUAGUCCAAUUUUCUGUUUUUUUUUUUUUUGAAAAAUUAAACAAAAGGAAGAGCCAACAACUCAUAGGAUGCUGAAUAAGUUGGUACCAUUAUUUCAAAUAAAAACAAGUGUCAUUGUUUAAUGUUCA